CGUAUUGAAUCACAACACCGUUCGUCAGCCACGAACGGCCCGUGCGCUCAACCCAGCUAUGCUCGGCUGGUGUUACCAACCAGGCCCAACCAAGCCUCAACAACAACAAACCUAAAUGGCUCGUCGAGAGAAAGAGGAAGAGGUCAGGUCGUGGGGGUUCUCCCACGUCUUUACCUGGGCCGACGGACCAAAUGCCUACUACAGCCCGCACACCCACAACGGCCUCACCACCCACCUCAUUCUCAAAGGCCAGCUCACCAUCAUGUACCCCGGGGAUGACGCGCCAGAGAAGGAGACGUUCGGGGUAGGGUCUCGUAUCGACGUUGAUGCCGGGCGCGUCCACGAGGUCUGGAUCGGAGACGGGGGCUGCACGUACGUUAUUGGCGAGAAAUGAGGAAUCCGGUAGCUUUGUGCUAGGUCUGGAGCAGGUCUGGACACGGCAGGUCUCGUGGAGCCGUGAUAGGUAUCCCACGUGCCCGCCUAUAUCCGAGGCGGUUCCAACCCGUCCGGACUUCAUCCCAACUUCGACGAGGGAACGGCUUCACGCCUGGGCCCCACGGUAGUUAUAAGAUCAACUUCAUCUGGGUCACCGGGUCACGCCAACCCAAACCAACCCCCUUUCCUGUUACUUGGUCUCC